AAUGAUGAAUCUGGAAUGUUAUUAAUUUUGAAACUUAAAAAUGGUGUAAACAGGAAGAAAAAAGUAAAAUCAUUCUGUCAUAGAAAAAAAUAUUCAUCUUAUAUGUAACAACAAGAUUAAUAAUUACGCGAAAACAUUUCGAGGACUGCACGCAUGGCAUUUAACGGAUAAAGGUGUGAAACACACUUUAGGGCAAUUUGAGAACACGCGAUUUUCCAAUCUCUGGCGGCGCCUCGUCUUCCCAGAGAUGAGAAAAUGAGGGGCGGGAUACCAGAAGGGGAGGGCCAUAGAGGUGCUAGUUGAUUGAGCAAAGGAAACAUGGACCAACCAGUGGCAAUACAUAGGCACCUUUAUUACACCUCCGCUGAUGUUCAGAUAACUGUUAUCUUUUAUGAGUUUCACACUUUACCCCGAAUAGAACAAUCUUCGAUGGUUAAAGUUUACUCUCGCAAUUUUUUUCGAUAAUACUUCGGUCAAUUAGAAGUUUAUCCGAGAUGUCAUCGCUAGAAGAUGAUGCUGCGAACCCUAUUGAUGAAGAGAACAUCGACAAUUUCAAUUACGAGUCUUCGGAAGAAGAAGAAAGCUUUGAUAUUAUGGAUAGGGGUAAAACAGAAGACGGGAGUUUUUCGAGUGAAUCUAGUAGUGCCAAUAAAUUUUCAAUCGAUAGUAUACUUGGACUUAACUCUGAAAAAAGGACUGAUAUUGUUCGUAGUGAAUUCGACAGUCAGAAGUCUUCAAAUAGUAUUGAAUUUGUGAGGCCCAUACCUGUAAACGCGAUGGAUCGUUCAUUGAUUCUCAGUGCAGCAGCUGAUAUUGGAGACGAGUCCGAAAAGAAUGAAGUUAAAUCUACUAAGCUCUUGGAAUUAAUGAAUCCAUCGAAGUUACCACACGACUACAGAAAUAUCCCCAGCAAUCCUUACAUGAUAUACCAUCAAAAUCCAGGAAUAAGCUCACCUCGCCCUCUACUAUUUCCAACGUGGCUGAAUACAAAUGAAGAACUGAAGAAUCAAACAGGAAUAUUUGGAUUACAAGUUGCCAAAACAGCAUGUCGAAGAUCAAGAAAACCUGUACUGGAUAGAAAACCUAGACAGGCGUAUAGUGCCAAGCAACUAGAAAGGUUAGAGAGCGAAUUCAAGAUUGACAAAUAUCUCAGUGUCAGUAAGAGAAUGGAAUUAUCCAAAGCAUUGAGUCUCACUGAAGUACAGAUUAAAACAUGGUUCCAGAAUAGGAGAACAAAAUGGAAGAAACAACUUACAACAAGACUGAAGAUAGCUCAAAGGCAGGGACUUUUCCCAUCACAUUACUUUUCCUCCUCGCCAACUCAACAGUAUUCAGCAAUCUUUAAUCCGUAUUAUACCCAUCCAGUAUCAUAUAUGUUUGGUUUACCACCCGUAGAAGAAGUGAAUUCGGUUCCCUCUAGUGAAAAUUUGCGACAUAGUAACUAGAUGAUAAACUGUUUGUUCUGUUUGCAAUUGUAUAUUUGUAAUAUAGUAUUAUGUUUGACUUUCAAUAAACUAUUGUU